AUGCAGCAGGUGCUCACCAGGUGCUCGCCAGGUGCUCACCAGGUGCUCGCCAGGUGCUCGCCAGGUGCUCGCCAGGUGCUCACCAGGUGCUCAUCAGGUGCUCACUCCCGAGCUCACCGCGCUGCUCCAAUGGGCGUGCUGCUUACCACCAAGUGGAAGGGGUGCCUGGGGCAGGUGGGGGAGCGGGAGGGAGUGGUGACAGUGAAUGGUGUGCAACGAUGGGGAGCCAAGUGUGUGGUGCUGGCGCCUGAUGCGGAGGUGCCUGAGAGAGGUGGUCUUGAGAUAGCCCUCACAUCCACCCUAUUAGAAGCUGCCGCAUGCAGCAUUCAAAGUUCCACGUAUCCCUAUCCAACCAGCCUCACCACCAUCACCCACCCCACCCACUCCUCUGUCGUCUCCCCAGGUGGCCUUGACGCUGCCCCUAUCCCAACACAUCACCACCCAUCCCAUCAAAUGCCGCCACUGCACGCAGCACCCCUAUCCACCCAUUCCCAACCGCCCUUCCCAUCCCAACCGCAGGGAAGGUGGGAUGGAGGGCAGGGGGGAGGAGGGGAGGGCGGGGGUAGAGUAGGAAGCAUGCAGGUAAGAGGUGCAGGAGUGGGGGAAGAGGUGCAGGAGUGGGAGAAGAGGUGCAGGAGUGGGGGAAGAGCGUGGACAGGACAGUGGGUGAUAGGGAGGUGGAAGAGUGCAGUGGGUGAGGAGAAGGAAGAGGAGGGAAAGAAGGAAGAGCGGUGGGAGGAGAAGGACGGAGAGGUGAAGGAGGAGAAGAAUGUGGCAUGGGCAUGCAUGCAUGCAGCAGGUAAGGCGAGGAGUCCUCCCCACCUCCUCACCUCGCAGUCUCUCCCUCUCACCUCAACGUUCCACCCCAUCACCUCGCAGUCUCCUCCCUCCCCCUUCCCUCCUCCAGUCUUCCCGUCAAUCCCCCAACGACGCAUGGGAGCAGGGAGCAAUGAGGCAGCGGCACGUGCCAACCAGGCUGAAGGACCCCCCCAUGCACAGGGAGCGAUGAGGCAGCAUGUGCUGGCGGGGCUGAAAGAGGUAGGGCAGGCGGUGCACAGCGGGAGGGUCAAGUGUGUGGUGCUGGCGGCUAACGUGGAGAGGUGCCUGGGACAGACGAGCGAGGAGCGGCAGCAAUGUCGGGCGGCGCAAGCACGGGUGCGGCCGCCAAGACAGGGCGGCGACGGUGGUGGGGACACCGGCGGAAGCAGCCGCGUCGCUGCAAGCAGCACAGGUCAGAGCGGCGGUGACGACGGUGGUGGAGCGGCGAAGCGGUAG